AUGCACUUCCACGCCACUUGGAUUGGCCUUUUAGUUGCCCUUCCACAGGCCCUGGCCUCGUUGCCGCUCUUGUUCGCCCAGUCCGGAAGUCCAUAUAGCAACGACAAGCCCAAGGUGACGGUGGAAACUAUUUACCAAUUCCCCGACAAUGGCUCCUGGAUCGACAACGUUGCUCUACGAUCUGACGGGAGCGUUCUCCUCACGCGUUUGGAUACACCGGAAGUCUGGUCUGUGGACACAAGCGGCAAUGCAACGCUGAUCUAUUCGUUUCCCAACGCGACCAGCUGCUUUGGUAUCAGCGAGAUUGACGACGACGUCUUCGCCGUGGUCGUGGGCAACUUCUCCACAAAGACAUACCAACCCACUCCGGGAUCAUUUUCGGUUCAAAAGAUCGACUUCAACAAUGCUGACGGGAGUGGUGAUACUGAGCGGGUAGCCGAGUCGGCGGCGGUGUCACAAAUCGCCGCUCUUCCCGAGGCACAAGCCUUGAAUGGCAUGGCAGCCUUUACGAAGGGCUCGAACAUGGUGUUGAUCGCAGACAGUCCCAAGGGCGCUGUAUGGAGUGUCAACACAGAGACAGGCGAAUACGCCGUUGCCCUCAACGACACGACCAUGCAACCGGCUGAAGGCCAAGCCCUUCCCUUGGGAGUCAACGGCAUCCGGCUUGUCGAUGGUUACAUUUACUACUCGAGCACGACACGAAUGGAAUUCGGCCGGGUCAAAGUGAACGAGGACGCCACCGCCGCCGGUGACUACCAAAUCAUCGCCAGUGGAUUCUUGCCGGAUAACCUCGACGUGGCCUCGGAUGGCACCGCGUACAUUGCCACCGACCCGCAGAAUUCAGUGGUUCGCAUCACGCCGUACGGGCAGAUCUCCCUGGUUGCAGGGGGCCAGCUUUCCACCCAGAUCGCUGGGCCCACUUCUUGUGCGUUGACGGGAGAUGGUAAGGCUUUGUAUGUCGGCACCAGCGGUGGCCAAGUUGCUCCGGUGUUGGGUACAUUUAUGGAGCCCGCAAAAGUGGUCAAGAUUUCGUUUGAGUAG